GAAAAAAAAAAAAAAAAAAAAAAAAACAGAGACAGAUCCCCAGCGGAGCGUCGACACUCAUCAUGGAUCACUGAAGAGAACGCGCAACUUUGUCGUUUUCUCGUCCUCUCCUCCAGUCGUCUCGCAGAUUAACAGCGCCGAACGACUUUGGCGUCAUGAACUUGCGCGUUUUCCCACUUUUGAUGCUUUUCAUCGCCCUGACUCCAGUUUUGGGCGAGGAGAGCCUCCUUCGAGAAAUCGAUGACUACUGGACGAACAACCACCACAUUCAGGACGGCUGGAUGUCCGGCGACCCACUCGGAGAAAUACUUUUGAGGAGGACGAGGAAGCCACGGCCACAUCAGUUUAUCGGCCUGAUGGGGAAGCGCUCAAUGGCAAAGACACAGAUUCCUCGCAAAAGGCAUAAAGUCAACUCUUUUGUCGGGUUGAUGGGGAAAAGAGACCAAGAAGAGCCAGAUUCCUACGAUCGGAGCGCAAUCCAGAUGUAUGACAAGCGCCGCUAAAACCGUCAACUCCUCACCUGCCAGUUUCGCAUCUCGCCAUUCGUCAUCUGCGACAGGGGGCCUCUCUCCUCGUUUUGUUUUCUUGACGCUGUUUAAUUGCUGUCCAUCGAAUAAAACCCACUCUGUUUCCA